UUGGGGUAAUUUGUUAUGCAGCAAUGGAUAACUAAUACACUUGCCUAAUAUCCAUUCUCUCCUUAUUCCUCAGCAACAGAGACUCUAUUUUAUUUGGGAUACUAACAUGCCCAGCUAAAAUCAUGCUGUUUCUAAUCUCUCAUUAAGUCUGAUGUGACCAUAUGACUGAGUUCAGGCAGAAAAGAAGUAAGCAGAAGUGUUGCAUGGAACUUCUGGAACGUUCCUUAUAGGGAGAUAUCUCACUGAGAAAUGUACCUUUUUUUUCCUUCUUCCUCAUUCUUGCCAUCUAGAAUGUGGAUGUGAUGACUGGAAUUCCUGCAGCCAUCUUAGAACAUGAAGUAACUUUGAGGUUAGAAAUCAUACUCUAGGAAACAGAAAGGAAGAAGGAAUAUGAGUCCCUGAUGUGCACUCAGCAGCCAUACCAACACUGGACUCCUUACCUCCAGACUUACUUUGAGUGAAGAAGAAAUAAUCUGUUAUCUUGUUUACACUAUUGUUAUUUUGGAUUUUCCCUUAUGUGCACCCAAAAUAACCCUAACUCGUAGAGGACUCAGGGCUCUCUUAGCCAUGCACGUCCUCUCAUUUAUCACCAACCCAUGUCCCUCUUCCAAACAAUACUCAAACUCUCACACAGGAGCAAUCUUUGAGUUUGAUUUUUACAUUUUUCAAUCUCUUUAAGCUUUCCACACCUCCUCACAAUCCUUGCAUUCCUCAUUCUCUUUAUACUGAUCUCUGACAGUCCCCCAAGUCUGUGCUCUCAAUGGACACUUCAUUCCAGGUGCCACUAGUAAUAAACUGAUGAGCUGUUUUGCCCCUGAAUGCCACUCCAUCUCUGGAUUUCCACUAACUCUAGUCCCAACAAAGCCACACAACUAUUCCCAGAUUCCAACUAGUACCCUGAGAGUUUGAUGCCCUCAGCCAAUCUAGUACCGAUUUCUUUAUCAAUCAGUCAUUAGUUACAAGCAACAGAAACUAACUUCAUCUUAUUUAAGCAAAAUAAAAUUUUAUGUUAAACAUAUUACAUUUAUAAAACAUAUCUCAGGGGAUUGCUGAAAUGACUGGAGGACCAAAUACAGAGCCACACAACUAGAAACAAUGCCCUAAAUUAAGCUGCAUUGUUGUCUCCAUGAGGACAGCCCCAUCACCACUGCCCCUUGCACAGCUGGCAUGGUUGGCACUGAACCCUCAAUGCUGCCCAAAACAAGCUAUGUCGGGGCCCUGCUGCACCUAGAACUAGAUCUUGCUGUAAAGCCAUUUCCCCUGGAGAGAAUUCUUAUGGUCACUGAGUGCUCACUUCCUUAGCUACAGAGUCAUUAGCUUAGGCUGUGAUCAAGGUACAUGCUUGGCUGAGAAUAGGUCAGGUGUCUGCACUCUGGUUUUAAGGGAAGUUCAGAGAGUAUCUGGCAUCUAUUAGGUAGGGAAUUCCCCUAACAUAGGAAGUGGUUUCAGAUGCCAGAUGUCAAAAAAAAUGCCAACUUUUUCCUACUCUCAGGCCAGGGUGCCAAGAAGGACUGGGAGAAUCACACUUCCCUAAUUUCUCUAGGUCUUCCCAAAUAUUCCCAUUAUCACCUGUCAAACAGUCAAUGUUUCCCAAUCAAUGCAUUCACUCUAGAGUGUGGCAGAGAACUUGGCUAUAACCAAUCUGCAGAUCACAUGGCUAUCCUCCUGCAGCAGCCUCAGAUUGCUGGCCAUGGGCAGAGGCUUCCUUACCAGAGUUACAAAUUGUCAUGCUGUUCCUCAUCUGCUUGUCCCCUCUUAAACCCCUUCCCAAGGUUGCCAGAUGUGAAUUAUUUUACCACUUUUCUACUUAAUCCUCUGCAGUUACAACCACAGGGCAAUGGGGAAAGUUGAGGUCAAGCUCUAAGAGACAACAUGCAGUAGUUUUCCCAGUUACUUCAUUAUCACCUAACAAGGACAUCUCAUUUCCAGGCUCAGAAUGGAGGGAUUCUCACUGCAUCCCACCCUAUAUCAACAAGGCCAGUUCUUUUUUAGGGUCUGCUGUUUGCAUCACUGCAUACCUUAUACCUAUUUUUUAUUUGAAUCUCUUUGUUUGGAAGUGACAGAAAUCCAACUUGAAAUAGAUUAAACAUAAAGAAGACUGUAUUGGGUAACAAAAUUCAAUAAAGGGCUGAAGAACUAAUUUGCAAAAAGAGUAAGGAUGUCUCAGGAAUAACUGGAGCUAGGCUCUUAAAUUCUAACAUAAGUCUCUAUAUCUUUUGCCUCAGCUUCUUAUUUAUUCUUUCUUCACUUCAACCACCUUCCUUCUCUUCAUGUUGGGGAACAUGGCUGCAAACAUUUCCUGAGCUUUACAUUUAUAGUUUUCACCAUUCAAAAGAGAAUGACUGGUUUCUCAAUUCAAAUAAGAAAAAAAUGAUGAGAAAGGGUUUUAUUGACCCAUCUUCAAACAGGUACCCACACCUGGACCAGUUAUGGCUGAGGGUAGGAUUAUGUAAGAACAAUGGUUCCGUGGGUAGCCAUGUUUGGAGGAGGAUGUUUGGAUGGAGGAGACAGUUCCCAAGAGAAAAGUUGUGCUGGGCUAACCACACUACAGAUGUCCACGAUGGUGGCCCUGAGUCAAGUCCUUUCUCAUGCACAAAAGCUUGAAUAAGCUUAUCAAUGUAUGGCAUGUUUGGUAGGAUCAAACCCUUUUUUCCCCCUUCCCUUUUUUAAAAAAGAGCCAUCUUGUGUCACCUUCUAUGUACCAUUCUCUUGCCCAGACAACUAAAAUAUUCUAAGGAGAGCCUCCCCAUAAGUUAAGUGCCUAUGUGCCCACCAGAUCGGAAGAUCCUUAAAGAAAGCAACCAGGAUUAAUUUAUCGCCAUGUGUCGACUGCCCCAUGAUUCCAUCAUAGAUCAGACACUCAAGAAAUAGUUGUAGAACUGAGUUAAGAUCUCUUCUCACUCUUCAGCGAUCUCUGAGAACUGAACAUUUUAGAUGUUUAGGAUCCCUGGAAAGGCCUAAUGCUAGAAGCUAAAAAUAAAAGUGGAAAUUAAUAGAAGACCGGGUAACUUAAGGUAGUGGUGGGAAGAAAAAAAAUAGUCAGUAAGGGUUGUCCCCAUAACAGAGAGAUGAACAAGAGACUACAGGUUAUGAUAGACAGGUUGGGAAUAUACAGUUAAUAUACUUGCCUCCAACCUUCCCUGGACCCAAAAUUAUAGCAGGAGAGAAGAGCCAUUGGGAAGAACAUUGCUGAUGGAGUUGGUAGAUAUAUGGGGGUGAAAGGAAUUUUAAGGUCCUUAAGCAGGACCAGAAAUGUGCUAACUUUUCACUGAUAGAUAAGCUCCAUCCUUUAUUAGAAGGUCGACAUGGAUGUCUAAUCAAGCUUGGCUUCUAAUCAUAGUUGUACAGUGAUGACACUGAGGACAUUGCUUCAGAGAGUGAGAAGAUGCAUUUCAAAGAUAUGGGAAGGCCUAUGAUGUGCAGUGAUGCCAUAGACAUCGUGGGUAGGCUGCAGAGAAAGUGAUCAACAUGAGGACACAGCUCUGCCCUGAGACCUUGCACUUUAUUGCAAAUACUUCAACAAGGUGAGUAACCAAAAGAGAGGGAGGUACUGUGGGACACCCAACCUAGUCUAGGGGUAUCAGGGAAGGCUUCCAGGAAGCAGUGACUUCCAAGUUGAUACCCAGUGGACAAACAAGCGUCAACCAGGUUUUGGCUUGCUUUUUGGUGAGGGAUGGGGGGAGUGUGGUGGGAUGGAGACUGGAAUGAACAUUCCAGCCAGAGAGAACAGCUCUGAACUAAAAGAUCAAUGUGUGAGGGCUGCAAAGAAAACCACGGUGAGGAGGAAGCAGACUGGAGCACUGGCAUGGAGGACAUUGUGGGCCAGAAUGGAUUUGAUCCUGAGGGCAAUGGAGAGCCAUGGGAGGUCUAAGGAAGAGAGCAGUGGCACUGUCUGAUUUCCCAAUUGUGAGAUCACUUGGGUCCCUGGGUCAAGGUAGAGAGGUGCACCUCCCACACCAGUGGAGAGAACAUUUUGAAUCAGUUUUGCUCUCAGUUUUAGAAGCUUAGACCUAAAAAUAAUUAGAGAAAAUACCUCAAAGAAACACCCUGAAAAGGAGUGGUUACAGAAAGGGGGAUAGGUGUCCUUGUGUUAAGCAAAGAAUGAGUGGCCAGGGAAGUGAAUCACCUGAGGGUGGGCAUGCUCCCCACUGUGCUGGUAAGCUGGGGGGAGGGAUUCCAGGAGCCGUCUCUCAACCCCCGAGGACUCUGGUUGGUGACAAGGGGGCCCCCCUGCCUUCUUGCUGGGUCUCCACUUCUCCACCUGCAGAACUUGCCAAGAUUGGGUGCAGGAGGCUGGGGGUUGGGUGGGAAAGCUGCUAAAUCCUCCUUAGGUGAGCUGCGGGGGUGGAAGAGUUCUCUAGUCUCUUCUCCUGGAAAGGAUUCUGUAUCCUGUGGCCCCACAGUAUGGAGGCCAAUGGCUAAGUCCGUGGAGCGCGUCUGUGGCCAAGUCCAGACUGAGUCUAGGUGGUUUUCCUGAAGAAGAAAAAGGCCUCUGCAGGAGGGGGUGGAAGCUGAGAAAGAGUGAAGGGGUCAUUUGGUUACUCCCCAGUCUUGACAUUCAUCACACACACACACACUCUGUGCCGAGGGUGCUGGGGACCAGAGACUCACACCCAGCAGCAGCGGGGAGAGGGGCUGAACUGUGGGACCUGGGGGAGGGGAGAGGCAGGCUGGGCCUUGAAGGUGCAGGGCAGGGUCCUGUGGCCUUCAGGACAAGUUAGGAGAGAGGCAACCCUCCCCCUCUGCAGCUUCACACCGCGCCUCCACUACAGUCCUUCUGCCCGCUGGGCGCUCCAGCUGGUGGGUCUCGGCUCUCCAAAGGCUCUUUCUCUCCGCCCCUUAGCCUCUGUUCCUCUGUUGUGUCUGUCCCUGGCCUUGUCUCACUGAGACUGACCCUCCGUGUGUGUCUGUCUCACUAUCACUGCCCUGUUUUGUCUCAUCUCUCUCUUCAUCUCCAUCACAAUCCUUCUUUCCAACCGUGUCUCUUCCCUGUGUUUUCUGUCUCCAUGCCUGCCUCACUUGCUUUCUCUGUCCCCCUCUCAUCUCUCUCUUAUCUUUGUCUCCUCUAUCUCUGCCUUGUCCCACCUCCUUCCCUUCCUUCCUCUUGUACAUGUUUCACCUUUGUCGCCACCUCUGUCCCUGUCUCCCUCUUGCCGCCCACCCCCCCCGCCCACGUCUCCAAUCUAUCUCUCUCGUCCAUGUCUCAUCCUUAUCUCCAUCUGUGUACCUGUAUCUCUCUUGUCCCUUUCUCCAUCUUUCUCCAUCACUGUUUCUGUCCCUUUCUCUCCCUGUCUCCGUCUCUGUCUCCUCUCUUCAUCCACAUCCUCUGUCCCCAUCUCAGGCCCCGUCUCUUCCUCGUCCUUGUCUUCAUUCCCCCUCCUGAGCCAUCUCCGUGGUCCCUUCCGGGAUGGGACCUCGCUGGGGGCGGGGCCGAGGGACUGGAUCGGAAUAACUCGGUUAUCAGGACGAAUUGAAUUAACUUCUUCACACGAGCGCCGCCGGGCCUGUUUCCCCUCCCUUCUGCGGGGCCGCAGGUGGAGAGGCCAGGGAGAGGGGUCGGGACCCUACGGCUGCGCACGAUGCAUAGACUGAAGGUCUGGUCCGGAUUGGGGCGGGAUGGGGGACUCUAGGGAUGGGGCCCCGCGCAGCCUGCCCUGCACAUCCCGAGCUCUAAGAGGGCGGCGGCGACCCUUUGGGGUGGGGGUCGGGGGCGGCUGGGGGCGGGGCCUUGGCCGUCCAGGCCCCGCCCCGACGAGCUCGCCCCGCCCCGCCCCCUCCUCGGGGUCCUACGCGUUAAAAGGCGCGCGGGCCGGGUUGGGCUGCACUUGCGUUGCACCGGGGCGGAGCGCGGCCGCGACGGGGCGGGCGGACUCGCGAGCUCUGAGAGCCGGCCUCGGGUCCUCGGCCCCUGGCGCUCCAACCCCCAUCUUGACCCCCACCCGGCCCGGGACACCAACUCCGACCCGGCCCGGCCCGGCCCCCGCCCCCGCCCCCCGGGCCGAUGGACUACUCCUACCUCAAUUCGUACGACUCGUGCGUGGCGGCCAUGGAGGCGUCCGCCUACGGCGACUUCGGCGCCUGCAGCCAGCCCGGCGGCUUCCAGUACAGUCCCCUGCGGCCCGCCUUCCCCGCGGCCGGGCCUCCCUGCCCCGCGCUCGGCUCCUCCAACUGCGCGCUUGGCGCUCUACGCGACCAUCAGCCUGCGCCCUACUCGGCAGUGCCCUACAAAUUCUUCCCGGAGCCGUCGGGCCUGCACGAGAAGCGCAAGCAGCGGCGCAUCCGCACCACGUUUACCAGCGCGCAGCUGAAGGAGCUGGAACGCGUCUUCGCCGAGACUCACUACCCCGACAUUUACACGCGCGAGGAGCUGGCGCUCAAGAUCGACCUUACCGAGGCUCGCGUGCAGGUCUGGUUCCAGAACCGCCGGGCCAAGUUCCGCAAACAGGAGCGUGCGGCCAGCGCCAAGGGUGCGGCGGGCGCGGCGGGCGCCAAAAAGGGUGAGGCGCGCUGCUCGUCUGAGGACGACGACUCCAAGGAGUCCACGUGCAGCCCCACGCCCGACAGCACCGCGUCGCUGCCGCCGCCGCCGCCCGCGCCCGGCCUGGCCAGCCCGCGCCUGAGCCCCAGCCCGCUGCCCGCCGCCCUGGGGUCCGGACCUGGAGCCGGGCCGGGGCCACAGCCGCUCAAGGGCCCGUUGUGGGCCGGCGUGGCGGGCGGUGGGGGCGGCGGACCGGGCGCGGGCGCGGCGGAGCUGCUUAAGGCUUGGCAGCCGGCGGAACCCGGACCAGGGCCCUUCUCGGGGGUUCUGUCUUCCUUCCACCGGAAGCCCGGCCCCUCCCUGAAGACCAAUCUCUUCUAGCUGCCGGCCUCUAGAGGCUCCGGGCCUGCCGCCUGAGACGCCCCUGCCCCUCCAGGAUCUGACAGAGUCCCUCCUCAUCCUGGCCACCUGCCUGAUGUCCCCAUCUGUCCCACCCCCCACCGUGUCUGACACCUAUGUGUGCCCUCCCCAGCUUUGGAGACCAAGUCAGGGCCACUCUCAUCCUCACCCACCCCUACUCAGUGGAGGGGGGUACUUUUCACUGGGAUGCCCUCCAGGAGAGCCCAGAACCCCUUCUAGCCUGGUAUUCUUCAGAACCGGAAUCAAACAACACCUGCCCCUAACACAGUGCCCAAAGGUGACUCCUCAAACGGGGACAGCCUGGCUUCCUCCCCUGCCCCUGUAGCUGGCUGGGUCACUCAGCUUGGAGAGCAGUCUGCUGCUCCAGCCCUUGGGCCCACCCACACUGACCCCACCCGUGCAAAGGCUGGUCGUCAUUGGGAUAACGAGUGGCCUGAAGGGUCCCACCACCAAUUUCACCCUCAUGCAUCCCCUCCCAUCCCCAGCCGGUCUGGCACAGAGGGCAGGCCCGUUAGAUGAGUGGAGGAGCUGCCAGGGCAACGGGAUGGAGGGGCUUCCUCGUUCCUGUUUUUUUGUCGUUGUUGCUGUUGUUGCUCUUUUCCUUUGAAAAACCUGUAAUUUAUUGAGGUGAGUUUUGCUCAAUCCAAAUAAAACUUAAUUUAUUGAAGACAGCA